AUGUUAAAUGAGAUACGUAAAUUAACUUCUACUGACCAAUGUUCGCAUGCUAUUUUAUCAUCUAUUGGUAAUCGAGAUUCACUAAUACGGGAAUCAUCUGCUGAUGACCUUGAUCCACUAAUAACGGAAUCAUUUGGUGAUAAUCUUGAUUUACUAAUAGUAAAAUCACGUGUGGAUAAUCUUGAUUCACUAAUACCAUUUGAUGAUAAUUUUGAUUUGCUAGUACUGACUAAAACACGAAUCUAA